GUCCCCGAUCUGUUCGGCUCCGUGCGUGCAGAAUGGGUCCCGGCCCUUCACGCAUGCGCAAAAGUUUAGUAAGCUUAGUAAAGCUAGCUAUGGCUGAGAAGGAGGGUGUUCCAUGUCCCGACGCAGAGACCUACGUCUCGGAGCCCGACGAGAGCUGCAAGGACUUCAUCAUGCAGCAGACCAUGAUGAGGGUCAAGAAUCCCAAGAAAUCCCUGGACUUCUACAGCAGAAUCCUCGGCAUGAGGUUAUUGAAGAAGCUGGAUUUCCCAGCCAUGAAGUUUUCCCUGUACUUCAUGGGCUACGAGCCAGCAGAGGACAUUCCCCAGGACGAGACCGAGAGAACGAGAUGGACGUUUAGUAGGAAAGCAACCGUGGAACUGACCCAUAAUUGGGGCACUGAGGAUGACCCUGAAUUCCAGUACCAUAAUGGAAACAAAGACCCUCGAGGAUUUGGGCACAUUGGAAUAGGUGUGCCUGAUGUGUACAAGGCAUGCGAGAGGUUUGAGAAACUCGGAGUGAACUUUGUCAAAAAAGCAGACGAUGGGAAGAUGAAAGGUCUGGCUUUCAUCACUGAUCCGGAUGGUUACUGGAUCGAGAUUCUGAGCUCUAACAACGUGGCGAAAUGAGAAUUACUGUUAGAGCAUGUAUACUCGGUGUUGUUCUAUUUUGGAUUUAUACCCAUGACGUAAUCGCUAAGUAUACACACGCACACCUGUUGGAAGCGCGACCUUGGCCCCGCCGUACAGUGAGUGAAGAAAUGGCUAGUAAACAGACGUGCAGGGAGGUGGCGGCCGUGCCACCGGACAAACUGCCCCAGAAACUGAGCCUCUUUUUCGCGGACAUGGCCUGCAAGGUGUUCGACGAGUCCCGCGCCCCCAACACGGCGCCCGACGAGGCUCGCGUCCGAGACGAGCUGGUGACGCCUCUCCAGUGGAUGCUGUGCGGCCGGGACCCCGCCGUGGCCUUCUGUAGCCUGGAGGAGCACCAGACGCAGGCCAACUUCUGCGGGAAGGUCUUCCGCGGAGGAGAACCGGCCUACUUUUGCAAGGACUGUCAGACCGACCCGAACGUGCUGUUUCUGCAUGGAGUGCUUUGAACACAGCGAACACAAGAACCACAACUACAGGUUGUUUGCCAGCGGAGGAGGAGGAUGCUGCGAUUGUGGCGACCCAGAAGCCUGGACCUCCUUUGUCCACUGCGACAUACACAAACCCACCGAGCAAGACGAGCAGGAUGUGGACCCGGUAGAAGCUCUCCCCAGUGAUCUGGUCGACAGAGCUCGUCCGUUCUUCUCUGCCCUCCUGUGGUACUGCAUGAAGAUGCUGUGUUGGGAGGAUCCCAACUCCCUUCCUCCCACUCUCAUGCAGGCCCACACUGACCAGUGCCUCCAGAACCCCUCCUUCCUGGCCUUCCUCUACAAUGAUGAGGACCACUCCUAUGACGAGGUGAUCUAUGCCCUGACGGCUCAUCUCAAGAAAACGCACACUGACGCCGUCGCCCUGGCAACAUUUGUUGAUAGAAAGGGUCGAGCAGUUUGUGCCGUGGGGACCCAAGACACAUGCCAGCAGGACAAGGAGAGGAUCAACACGAGCAUCCGGAGCAAACCUCUGAAGGUGAUGGUGUUCCACAGUGCGGUGGCCGCCCACCAGACCUGUGCCGUUCUCUGCCUCUCUCUCCUCAAGGAACUCUCAGAGAAACUGGAUGCAUUUCGCAGACUCAUCUCAGAGGCUCUGGUUGAAGUUGGCUCUCCUUCUGGAAGGUGUAUUCUGGACUACGUCUUCUUGAGUGACCACAAGAUGUGGAUCACUGCAAGACUAGGAUGGCACAGACUGGUCAUGAGCUCUAUAUUCAUGGACACCAGGUGCAAGCCUCAGCUGGCAGUCAACCUGACUAACAACUAUUCCGAACUGCUCAAGAACUUUGUGGCUGACUCGCACAACCACGAUGUCUGUGCUAGCAACGUGACUGUGCAGCUCUUCACCGUGCCCUCACUGAGCCGUAUGUUGGUGAAGAGUCACGGUUUGCUGGAGAGGAUUGUGACUACACUGACUGAUCUGGUGACUCCCUGCAAGAAUCCGGGUGAAUAUCAUAUCUCUUGGCCCUUGAUUCUUUUGUGUUCUAUGUGUGUGUACAUUAGGUGAAAUCAGCAUGGCCUAAAGGUUUAGAGUAGCACUCAAGUGUAGCAAGGGAACUACAAAAAAAAGGCUUCUGAUAGGAGCUGCUCGACUUAUUUAGUAAAAACUCUAGUUUAGUGCCACUAGUGUCACGGGGAAGCAGUAUUUAGUAAACACUGUUACUUCGGUUUCCCACAUUUGGGUGCACAUGUGAGUGAGUGUGUGUACCUCUGUAAUUAUUAUUAUGUCAAAGAUCACUAGAAACAUGUAUUGCACAUGCAAGGUCCAUUACUUUCGUGAUUAUGUACCUAAUAAUUACAUAUGUCGUGAGAUUUUAUGUGAAAUUUGCGCCAAGUUUUUAGUACUGAUACGAUAUUAUUCAUGCAUGUCUUCUUUCCUUCACCACUCUAACCCACCGUCUCCUCCUUCUCUUCCCCCAUCGUUCAGACACCGGUGUGUUAAAGCUCACCUCGAGCUCCUACAAGCACUCUCGUGUCAGCUACGUCAUGUUCGACCUCAGGUUAGAGUCAUGUGAUGCCUGCUGUCGGGUCACAUGACCUCAUGUGGUGCCCGCUGUCGGAUCACGUGAUUGACCAAGGACGGGUCACAUGGCUAAAUGCACAGAUCACGUGACACGCCGAGGAAGGGUCACAUGGUACCCAAGGAGUUGUUACACGAUCACAAGCACACACUGCACAGUCAGGUCACAUGACAUGAAUGGGGAGGUCACAUGAUCACCCCCUCACAUGCACAUGUACACUAUCCCAGAGUAAGUAAAGUGUACUGUUAUGAUGCACAGGUGAGUUUUAAUGUCUCUUCAUUUGCUGAGCUGUGCUUCAUUUUAUAUCUUGUCGCGGGGCGUUUUAGCAAAGCCAGUAGCAAUCCAUUAUUGUUGUGUAGACCAGGGAGGAUAAGCCAGACCUAACGUUCGAGGCCAUUGUAAAACACAGAUCUUAGUCGAUGCAUUAAGGGGAAGCCUACAGGUCAGGCUACUGGGAGAUGUGUCUCCAUGAUCUAUGAUCCCACAUUAACCCCAUUCUCUCUAUGGUGGUAUGUGUACAUACAUACAUAGGUAUGUACUGAGGAAUAGACCAGAGAGUCUGGCGGACUUGAGGGAACCCGUCAUUGAGGCCUUCUCCAAGUUCAUCGACCUACUGGGAAUGGUGCAGAACGCAGACCCAUUAAAGAGACAGAGAGGGAUCCACGUGGAGAGGGAACAGCCGUGGGAGAUACUCUUCAACUUUCUCAUCGUCCUACAGCAACCCAUCCAGCAGUUUAUCCAGUGGUGCAUUUCUGACAGAGCUAUACUGGUGGAGGCUGUUAGGAUGACUCUCAGGAAACACGAACAGAUUGCAGGCCGAGACCAUAUUCCUUACAAGAGACACGAGGUGGCUCCAGACCUGGUGGGGAGUAGCAAGAUGGAACUUUUUGUGUUUGACAUUCAGAAGGAGGCGGUGUCCAUCCACCAGCCUCUGGCCAGAGUCCUAGCUGGUCUGUUGACUGGAGCCAGUGCCCACAACCUCUCCCUACCUGAUCUUCUCCAGAUUUCAUCCACCGACGUACAGUCACCCCUGUUCCUAAUGGAGGUGUCGUCCAGAGUACUGGUGCUGGCAGCACAAGUCAACGCAGGCAUGUGGAAGAGAAACGGGUACUCUGUGGCACGACAAGUGGGGGCCUAUCAGUACCACUAUCCUCGAGGCAUGAUGUACGACAAAGACAUCGUCAUGCUGCAGGCAAUGGCGGCUGUUCUGGAUCCCUCUGUCUUCCUGUACUCCGUCAUCCACAAGUUUAGACUAGACACCUGGAUUGCCAGCCCUGGAAGUGAUCCGUCAGUGAGGAGAGGAGAGUCGUCGGAGGAUGCCCUGAGGUUCUUCCUGAACGAGGCCGAGGAGUUUGUCUUCCUUUUCAUCACCAUCUUCUGCGAGCGAUGGGUGGCGGGGGUGGGAGAGGGGGUAAAGGAAAUGGACUCUCUCCGCAGGGAACUCGUUCACAAGCUCUUCAUUGCUCCUCUCUCCCACAGCCAGAUCCUCAAGGAGUUCAGGAUGAGUGAGAGAGAGAAUGAGAUCGACCAACUGCUGAAAAAAGUGGCCACACUCAGGAAAGGUGGAGGGAUGAGUAAAGCUGUGUUUGUACUGAGGGCAGAGUUUGAAGACGAGUACAACCCGUUCUUCUACCACUACACUCGAACUGACCACUCCAUGGCUGAAGAUGCUCAGAGAAGAAGGAUAAAGGCAGCAGGAGGCAUCCUCAGUCCUGAGGCUGCCUCCCCAGCGGAGUUGCCGCCAUUGUGCGGGCCAUUCCAGGGCGUCCUUCGUCUCACCGCUAGUCCAGUGACCCACCGACUGUUCAACUGUGUGUUCAGACAGGCUGCUGACCCAGUCUCAAAGUUCUGGUCCGACAAACUUCUCCAUGAGAGCCUGUACCUGUGUGCAGUAAUGCUGAGAGAGGAGGACUCCUCACGGCCUGACUCUCUCGCCAGUGCCGCCAUCGGACUCCACGGAGCCAAUGGGUUUCUGGAAGAGCUGGUGACUCUGCUGUGCAGCAGACGUGCCGAGGAACACAAGCCACUCCUCUCCUGGAUCGUGCAGAACCUCAAGAAAUACAGAGAGAAGUCGACCGGUCGCAGCUCACCGCCCACCUCGGCCAUGAACGUCCAAUUAGAGGCCGGGGGUUCAGCGGUGAGGGACAAGGAGAUGGCGGCCAUAUUGGCGCAGGACAAGGCCCUCGCGGAGAGGAAAGAGCUGGUCAGGAAACAGAAAGAGAAGGCCAUGGCGCAGAUGCAGAGCAUGCAGCGCAAGUUUCUUGAGAAGAACCGCCAACAGAUGUUGGACCUCGAGGGCCCGGAGGUUGAUGAACCUGAUGUUGGGCCAUCAGUCGCGGUCAAGAGCCCCACUCUGCGAGCUGUGGGACUGACAGUUCUCGUGGGCAGACCUCCAGAGACCAGGGAGGAGGAGACCUGCAUUCUCUGUCAGGCCGACAGCAAAGACGCAGCGGUCCAGGACAAGGUGUUCGUGCAGGCAGUGUGCGUGCAGCGCUCGUGUGUCCUGCGGCAGAGCUCAACGGAGUGUUCUCCCGCUGAUGUGAAAGAGCUCGACACGAAGUGUGACUACCUGGCAGCCCGGGCAGACCAGCCUCUGGGGAUGUUCACCAGUGGGUGUGGCCACCACAUGCACGCCGACUGCUGGAAGAGGUUUAUAGAGAGCAAGCAGCAGGAGCACGGCCGUCGCUAUUUCUACCCUCUCCCUGGCCAAUCCGUCCAGUGGACCUCUGGCGAGUUCCUCUGUCCUCUCUGCCAGAGCUUCAGCAACUCCGUCGUCCCCCUCCUGCCCCCCGUAUGCUCCGCCCCCUCCGAGGCCCCCCAGGCGAACGUGGGGUUCUCGGAGUGGCGGGAAAUCGUCGACCUCGCUGUGGACCUCGCCGAGUCAAAGAAUGUUCUAGAAGGAAACCAGCCUCACUUGCUCUGGGACAAACUGUCUGAGCUGUUUAGGAACUUCAAGAGACCCUCGUCCUAUCUACCUGGAAGGCCCAGUGAGAGAAGAGAUAUGAUUUCCAUCUUCUCUCAGUGCACAUACAUGAUGGCGUUCAAGGCUGACCCAGACGAGAGGAACGAGAGAGUGUGUGUGGCAGAGUGGAACAACUGUGCCUACACCAUCACUAGCCUCGAAAUGAACACCAGACGACAGGGGCAGUCUCUACUAUCAACUCUGUCUUCACGUCAGGUGGACUACCUGGGCUCUCUGGUGAAGAUAGGACUGGAUCCUGCACUCAGACCUUCUCUCAACCAGCUGGGCAGCAUCGUCAGGAGAUUGGUCAACUCAUUUCUCCUGGAGAGCCCUCCAUUCUCAGAGAACCCCUCCAUUCUAGAGAUUGAUGCCUUCUCCAUGAUGGUGAGUUUGCCUGCACUUCACCCUUUC